CGGGACAGGACAGGGCCAGGCAGGGCAGGGACUGGGGGCGCCUCUGGGCCUAGCGUGCCUGGCCUCCCCUCCCUCGGCUCAGACGGGUCACCCCUCCAUCUCCCACCCUCCCUGCCCAAGAUGCUGACUGCCCGCCUGCCAGACUGGGGACCCCGCCGGCCACCUGCCCGUGGCUCCCGACAGCCCCCCAGCGUGGGUCCCGGCGGUGGUGGUGGCAGCAGCUGUGGUGCAGGAUGCGAGAAGUCACCCCCCAGCCGGGCUCCUGCUCCGGGCCUUGCUUCCCUUCGGCCCUCUGAGCCGGCCAUGGCCGCCCCUCCCAGCCAUGGUCCUUUCUCCGGCUUCCCAGCCCCCCAGGAGCAUACACAGGUGGUUCCAGAUGUCAGGCUGCUACAGCGACGGCUCCCGCUGGCCUUUCGGGAUGCCACCUCCGCCCCCCUCCGAAAGCUCUCUGUGGACCUCAUCAAGACCUAUAAGCACAUUAAUGAGGUGUACUACGCCAAGAAAAAGCGUCGGGCCCAGCAGGGUCCCCCAGAGGACGCAAGCACAAAGAAAGAGCGGAAGGUUCUGAACCACGGCUAUGAUGACGACAACCAUGACUAUAUUGUGCGAAGCGGGGAACGGUGGCUGGAACGCUAUGAGAUCGACUCGCUCAUUGGGAAGGGCUCCUUUGGACAGGUGGUGAAGGCCUAUGACCACCAGGCCCAGGAGCUGGUGGCCAUCAAGAUCAUUAAGAACAAGAAGGCGUUUCUGAACCAGGCGCAGAUUGAGUUGCGGCUGCUUGAGCUGAUGAACCAGCACGACACAGAGAUGAAGUACUACAUCGUGCAUCUGAAACGACAUUUCAUGUUCCGGAACCACCUGUGCCUGGUCUUUGAGCUCCUUUCCUACAACCUGUACGACCUGCUGAGGAACACCCACUUUCGGGGCGUCUCGCUGAACCUGACCCGGAAGCUAGCACAGCAGCUCUGCACGGCUCUGCUCUUCCUGGCCACCCCUGAGCUCAGCAUCAUCCACUGCGACCUCAAGCCUGAGAACAUCCUCCUCUGUAACCCCAAGCGCAGCGCCAUCAAAAUCGUCGACUUCGGCAGCUCCUGCCAGCUGGGCCAGCGGAUCUAUCAGUAUAUCCAGAGCCGCUUCUACCGCUCACCUGAGGUGCUCCUGGGGACCCCGUAUGACCUGGCCAUCGACAUGUGGUCUUUAGGCUGUAUCCUUGUGGAGAUGCACACAGGAGAGCCCCUCUUCAGUGGUUCUAAUGAGGUGGACCAGAUGAAUAGGAUUGUGGAAGUGCUGGGGCUACCCCCAGCUCCCAUGCUGGAACAGGCACCCAAGGCUAGGAAGUACUUUGAUCGGUUGCCUGGAGGGGGCUGGACCCUCCGGAGGAGCAAAGACCUCAGGAAGGAGUACCAGGGACCCGGCACACGGCGGCUGCAGGAGGUGCUGGGCGUGCAGACAGGCGGCCCUGGGGGCCGGCGGGCAGGCGAGCCAGGCCAUAGCACAGCCGACUACCUCCGCUUCCAGGACCUGGUGCUGCGCAUGCUGGCAUACGAGCCAGCCGCCCGCAUCAGCCCCCUGGGGGCCCUGCAGCAUGGUUUCUUCCGUCGAACCGCUGACGAGGCGACCAACACGGGGCCCUCGGGGAGCAGCACCUCCACCUCCCCUUCUCCAGCCCCCGACGCCUCCCACUCCUCCAGUGCAGCCAGCUCUGUCUCCAGCUCUGGUGGGUCCAGCGGAUCAUCAAAUGACAACCGGAGCUACCGCUACAGCAACCGGUACUGUGGGGGCCCAGGGCCUCCGGUGACGGACUGCGAGAUGCACAGCCCCCAGGUCCCACCUUCCCAGCCGCUGCGCCCUUGGGCAGGGGGAGACGUGGCCCACAAGCCUCCCCCGGGCCCAGCCCCGGCCCCAGCCUCCUCUUCCUCCUCCUUCCACGGGGCCCAGGCUGGCUCUUCUUCCUCUUCCUCACCACCUCCUCCUGAGCUGAUGGACGUGAGCCUUGGAGGUGGCCCCCUGCUGCCUCCGCCUGCCCCACAGGACUGUGCCCCACUCCGCCCUGCUCCCCCUCUCCAGCACCCGGCCUCUUCGGCCUUCCGGACUCGGACCACAGGGGGGGGCGGCCCCAGGGGCGGGGGCCGGCCGCCGAUCCCCCCACCUGAGGACCCAGCCCUAGGCCCCCGCCUGGGCCUCUGCGGUGUCCCCCAGAGUACGGCCGCCAGCUCGUGAUCCCCUGCCCCCCUGGGGCCCCCGAAGCCAUACCCCUUCCCCCUUGGGGCCCCUGGGCUCAUGCCUUCCCUCCCCCAGCCCUCCUCCCCUCUCAACUGGAAUUGCUGCUACCCAGUGGGGGAGGGGGGCACCUGCACUGACCCGACUGGGGGCUGGGGCCGAGGAGAGGAGGGGGUAUGACCCCUGCCCCCCGUCCCCCAUGGACUGGCUCCUCGGCCCUGCUGGCCCCUUUGUUUUCUAUUUAUUGUACCAAAGACUGGCAGCCCUGGGGUGGCUCCCCUGCUCUCCACCCUGGGGCUGGGGGGGGGAGGGGGAGGGAGGCAUCCGCAGGAGUCUGGGGCGCCCUGUGCUGUACCCAAGUAAAGAGCUUUCUCACA